AUGUCUAUUGCAACCAACGGUUCUGGGAUCGCCGCCCUGCUGCGCAGCAUCCGGUCAUUCUUGUCUUCUAACGUUACGACUACGUCCGUUGUCCCGAUUAAGGCGUUUGUGGGGUCGGACAAUCUCUCCAAUGAUGCCGAGAUGGUUGUGAUAUUCGUAACAGUAUUUUCUGCGCUCGCAGUGUUUGGGGUGAUAGUAGUCGUUGAUAUUACCUUGCAGAAAGCUUACGCGUUUUGGACACACUACCGUUCGUACAUCUUCGAACCCAAGGCCAAAAUUGAUGCCCUCAGAAGGAGAGAGAAAGCCAUUGGACUAUGGGAAUCCGCAGUUGCCCAUCAAGCUCGUACGAUUCAGCUGGAGAUCGAGAUUGGUGUAGAACAACGCGUCGCCCAGAUCAUGAACCGGUAUGCGACAUUGGCACAAGAAAGAGCAAACGGGCUAGAGGAUUUGGCAGCGGAAAUGAUCGAGAGUGACUCGGAUGACGAGGCUUUGUGGGAACAGGGGCUCAUACGACCCACUGAACAAGGUUAUGACGGGACACAUAUCAAGGACGCAGAAAUUCGCCAGUUGGAGUCCAGAAUCGCUCUCGCUUCAGGCGAGGCUGUUGAACUUCGAAUGAAAAUUGCAAAGUUAGAAAGGCAUAUCAAAUUACUUGACGAUAAAGCACAACUCUGUUCUCAUUUUGCCAAGACACAAGCUCAGCAUACUCAAGCCGUUGCUUCAUGGAAGAAACAUAAGGAGGAUAUCAGGUUGCUCGAAAAGGAGCUUUCGCAUCCGCAUGCAUCAGGCCCUGAUUCGUUCUCGAAGGAUGGACGGUAUCUGGCGAGUGCUAGUAACGAUAGAGUUGUUCGUGUAUAUGAUGUCAAGCAUGAAUUCACGACGAUUUGGGAGCUACAAGGCAGACAUCCCUUUACUGCCCUCGCAUGGAGAGAUGGCGGUCUUUUCAUGGGCAAUAUGGACGGUGAUGUGACACUGUCUCAUCCUACUAUGAAAUCAAAACUAAAUUGGAUCCGACGACGCAAUAGUGAAUUCGAACUCGUUUACAAAGCCGAUGAACCUAUCCAUGUCAUGGAGUUCAAUCGACGUGGCGACCAUCUUCUCGUCUGCUCAGGUGCCGAUGUGAUGCUUCUCAAGAAAAGUAAAUCUGGAAUCUGGCAAUAUCAGGACCGCUUGCCUCGUCCAAUUCCAUUAGGAGAGCCUGAAGACAAACCGCCUCCAAUUGUGGCAACUGGAGCAUAUUUCCUCGAAAGUCGUAACGAAUGCCUCAUAGCAUAUCUUCAUGACGGUUUUCGGAUAUUCAAGAUAGACACUUGGGAGAAUAUCAGGAUUUGUAGUUCGGACGAAAGAUUGUACGAGAAAAUAGCAGCGUCUGCUAUAUCUCCGGACUCAACAUUCAUCAUCGCAACAAAUCUGCACAAGGGCCUCGACUGA